AUGGUGUGUCCUGACGUGGGUGGUGAACAAAUAAGUUCAAUAGGACGAGGCCUCUGUGUGCUGCUGGGCAUUUCUUUGGAAGAUACGCAAAGAGAGCUGGAGCACAUGGUUCGGAAGAUCUUGAACUUGAGAGUAUUUGAAGAUGAAAGUGGGAAGCACUGGUCCAAAAGUGUGAUGGAUAAACAGUAUGAAGUGUUGUGUGUGAGCCAAUUUACUCUCCAGUGCAUCCUGAAAGGAAACAAGCCCGACUACCACAUGGCAAUGCCCACAGAGCAGGCGGAGUGUUUUUAUAACAACUUCCUAGAACAGCUAAGAAAAGCCUACAAACCAGAGCUUAUUAAAGAUGGCAAGUUUGGUGCCUACAUGCAGGUACACAUCCAGAACGAUGGUCCUGUAACAAUAGAACUGGAGUCCCCGGCUGCCACUGUUGACCCUAAACAGCUGACAAAACUUGAAAAACAGCAACAAAGAAAAGAGAAGACCAGAACCAAGGUUCCGUCUGAGUCAAGUAGAGAAAGAAAUGCCCCCCGUAACAAGGAUGACCCCAGCGCAAGCAGUGGAGCAGAAGGAGAUGUGUCUUCAGAAAGAGAGCCUUAGCUCAUCUGAAGCAGGCCUCAGUUUCUUGUACCGGAUUCUUGAAGAGAGACCCAACAGACAUUCACCUCAGCACCACUCUUCAAUGACUUUGGAAAAGGAUGGAAAAUGGGAAAACAGAUUUAAGACAUUAGAAACCUAAAUCAUUAUGUAUUGAAACAACCAAAGCAAUGCUAUCAGAAAUCAGUUGUUGAUGUGUAGUAUCAGUAGUAAAAAGGACUUGUAACAUUUUUGUGUAUGUGUUUUCACAUGACUGCUGAGUAAAGGGUGACUGUAGGCAGAUUGUAGCAGAGUGUUCACUCUCAGUACAUAAGCUCCAUUUCAAAAAUGAAUCAGGGUUUUUCCUUAAAGUUACACUUGAAUUCUGAAAAUUAUCCAAGCAGGCUUGUAUUUUGAUUCUCACUCUAUGGUGUCAUGUGCUACCUGUUUCCAUGGCAGCGUGUAGAUCUGUGUAUAUUUUGGUAUAUUGUUUGCUGCUACGUAACACCAAGUUAGGCAGUCCAGUCUUUCUGCAUGGAUUAAGUUGUUAAAAGGAAAGAUCAGCCGCUUGUCGUUUAUCUUGUGGAACACAUCUGUCUUGUAAACUUUUUUAAAAACAGAAAAGACUUUAUUAAACAAAUGAUGCGAGCUGA